GUGAUGGACACCCUUUCCAAACUUUCCUACUCCACGGUCGCUCAACAGGCAGGAAUCAAGUACGUCUCACUUAUAUUUUCCCAAACCCAAAUGAAGUGUGACACUGGUCUCAAUGAUGUUGUGUGUGCAGUCAUCACUUUAGCUGUUUUGUUUUACCAACAUUACAUUUAAUUGAUGAUGAUGUGUAAUAUCGGGAAUGAUUCCCUUUCUUUUUUUUUGACAGGCCCUUUCCAACAGAGGAGAGUCUGAAAGACGAGGAUAUUUACAGUCAUCUGAAGGACCUGAUGGAGUAAGUCUGUUGAUCUCUCCAAAUGGACAUUGUGUUUAAUCUAUUAAAUAUAUAUCCCAUUGAUAUAAAAGGCACGUGCAUAUUUUACCUGUAUUUGUAGCUGUGUAUAUAAAACAACCAGUCUUAUCAUUGGUAUUGAUAGAGCAUACCUAUUAUACGGAGCACACUUGGCACGUCCUCACCCGGGGUUUGGUGCUUUGGUAAAAGCUGGGCCCAGUUUUCUAGUUUAAUGUCACAGGAAGCAGAGUAUGAAUAAUUAGUAGGGUUCUUAUCAUUCUUAUCUCAUUGCAGGAUUUGACUAAAAAAAAAAGCCCAGAAUUCUGACAACAUUAAUUAAAUCAAAUCCAAUUUUAUUGGUCACAUACACGUGUUCAGCAGAUGUUAUUGUGGGUGGAGCGAAAUGGUUGUGUUACUAGCUCCGACAGUGCAUUAAUAUUUAAUAAGUACUAUCUAAUAAUUUCACAACGUGUAUCCACUGGGAGUCCAUCGGCCGUCGGUGCACGGCCGGGGGACAUCUGGGUUACGGCCUCUGCCAGUUCAUGGGACAACAGGGGAAUGUCCAUUUCAUCCCUCUGUGCCAGAGAGACCUUAGGGAGUUCUGCAAACAAAACCUGAGCACACAUAGGAUCACACAGUUCUGCCUUAUACAACUCAGUAUAAAACUCCACAGUCCGCUCCCGCAUCUCCCCCACCACAGAGGUCACCCGCCCUUCCGACAGCCGUAGACAAUGCAUACCCUUGGCUUCACCGCUCUGUCUUUCCAAACCAAAGAAGAAGGAGCUGGGAGCAUCCAUCUCCUUGAGCAUGGAGAACCUAGCUCUUACAAGUGCUCCCUUUGCUUUAACCUGUAAAAAACUGCCCAGGUCCCUACGUAGUUCAGCUAAAUUAGCCUGGAGGCCUACAUUGCCUUGCCCCACCAGCUCUACCUCCAUCUCACUAAUACUACGCUCGAGUUCCCCCAAUACUCUCCUAGCCUCUGAGGAUGACAGAGCUGUAUACUGUUGGCAGAAAAGCCGAAUUUGGACUUUUCCCACAUCCCACCAUUGACUCAGAGACUCAUACUCCUCUCUUCGCUGCCCCCACCUUUCCCAAAAAGUCUGGAAACUUGAGCAAAAGGUGGCAUCUUGUAAGAGCUUUACAUUAAACAGGGUGUGGUGAAGCCAUCGCGCACACCACACCGUUCAUACCCCAGAGAGAGAAGAGAAAACUUGGAGAAGAGUCCCCUAAGUAAGCUGGUCCUGGGGCUCUGUUCACAAACACAAACAGACCCCACAGAGCCCCAGGACAACAACAACAACAACAACAACAACAACAACAACAACAACAACAACAACAACAACAACAACACAAUUAGACCCAACCAAAUCAUGAGAAAAAAAAAAGAGAAUUACUUGACACAUUGGAAAGAACUAACAAAAAAACAGAGCAAACUAGAAUGCUAUUUGGCCCUAAACAGAGAGUACACAGUGGCAGAAUACCUGACCACUGUGACUGACCCAAACUUAAGGAAAGCUUUGACUAUGUACAGACUCAGUGAGCAUAGCCUUGCUAUUGAGAAAGGCCGCCGUAGGCAGACCUGGCUCUCAAGAGAAGACAGGCUAUGUGCACACUGCCCACAAAAUGAGGUGGAAACUGAGCUGCACUUCCUAACCUCCUGCCAAAUGUAUGACCAUAUUAGAGACACAUAUUUCCCUCAGAUUACAGCGAUCCACAAAGAAUUCGAAAACAAACCCAAUUUUGAUAACUCCCUUAUCUACUGGGUGAAAAACCACAGUGUGCCAUCACAGCUGCACGAUUUGUGACCUGUUGCCACAAGAAAAGGGCAACCAGUGAAGAACAAACACCAUAGUAAAUACAACCCAUAUUUAUAUUUAUUUAUUUUCCCAUUUGUACUUUAACUAUUUGCACAUUGUUACAACACUGUAUAUAUACAUAAUAUGACAUUUGAAAUGUCUUUAUUCUUUUGGAACUUCUGAGUGUAAUGUUUAUUGUUUAUUUCACUUUUGUUUACUAUCUACUUCACUUGCUUUGGCAAUGUUAACAUAUGUUUCCCAUGCCAAUAAAGCCCUUAAAUUGAAAUUGAAAUUUAAUUGAGAGAGAGAGAGAGAGAGAGAGAGCGAGAGAGAGAGAGAGAGAGAGAGAGAGAGAGAGAGAGAGACAGAGACAGAGACAGAGACAGAGACAGAGAGACAGAGACAGAGACAGAGACAGGGUACAGAUGAUAUGAUGAUAUGAUUAGACUUGAGAUUGAUCCCACCUAGCAGGCUAGACAUACUGCAUAGUGUAUAUGUCUGCCUGUGAAACAGCACCCCCCUGUGGAAAGCCAUGACAAAGCACCUGGGCCGAUGUUUGGAUUGAGGCAGUUCCUUCACCCACCCUCUCUUUAGCUUUACCCUGGCCUAAUCUCAAACUGUGCGUGUGCGGGCAUGUUUGUGUGUGUGUGUGGGCGUGUUUGUGUGUGUGUGUGGGCGUGUUGUGUGUGUGUGUGUGGGCGUGUUUGUGUGUGUGUGUGGGCGUGUUUGUGUGCGUGUGCGGGCGUGUUUGUGUGUGUGUGUGUGGGCGUGUUUGUGUGCGUGUGCGGGCGUGUUUGUGUGUGUGUGUGUGGGCGUGUUUGUGUGUGUGUGUGGGCGUGUUUGUGUGUGUGUGUGGGCGUGUUUGUGUGUGUGUGUGGGCGUGUUUGUGUGUGUGUGUGUGGGCGUGUUUGUGUGCGUGUGUGGGCGUGUUUGUGUGUGUGUGUGGGCGUGUUUGUGUGUGUGUGUGGGCGUGUUUGUGUGUGUGUGUGGGCGUGUUUGUGUGUGUGUGCGGGCGUGUUUGUGUGUGUUUGUUUGUCAGUGAGAACGUUCUAGAGGAUGAGGAGGAGCUGUAUGCUCCAGUGUACGGGAUGGAUGACACUGAUGAAGGAGGAGAGAUCUACGAAGACCUGAUGAGGACAGAACAGCACCCUACACUGGUACACACACACACACACACACACACACACACACACAUACAUACACACACACACACACACACUCACUCACUCACUCACUCACUCACUCACUCACUCACUCACUCACUCACUCACUCACUCACUCACUCACUCACUCACUCACUCACUCACUCACUCACUCACUCACUCACUCACUCACUCACUCACUCACUCACUCACCACACACACACAUACAUACACACACACGAACACACACAAACGAUAAUGUUACUGAAAUAUAUUUUGUAACAGACCGUGUUUGUGUGCCCCUAAAGAAAUUGUGACCAAAUGUUUACUAGACAUGUUCUUCCCUACAGAAGCAGGCUGAGCAGAAUGUGAGAAGCUGCUGCCUCUCAGAGAUCAAACAAACAGAGGAGAGAUACACAGAGACCCUGGAGUCUAUAGAGAAGGUACGAGUUAAACAGAGACCCUGGUGUCUAUAGAGAAGGUCAGAGUUAUACACAGAGACCCUGGAAUCUAUAGAGAAGGUACGAGUUAAACAGAGACCUUGGUGUCUAUAGAGAAGGUCAGAGUUAUACACAGAGACCCUGGAGUCUAUAGAGAAGGUCAGAGUUAUACACAGAGACCCUGGAGUCUAUAGAGAAGGUAUGAGUUAUACACAGAGACCCUGGAGUCUAUAGAGAAGGUCAGAGUUAUACACAGAGACCCUGGAGUCUAUAGAGAAGGUACGAGUUAAACAGAGACCUUGGUGUCUAUAGAGAAGGUCAGAGUUAUACACAGAGACCCUGGAGUCUAUAGAGAAGGUCAGAGUUAUACACAGAGACACUGGAGUCUAUAGAGAAGGUCAUAGUUAUACACAGAGACCCUGGAGUCUAUAGAGAAGGUCAGAGUUACACAGAGACCCUGGAGUCUAUAGAGAAGGUCAGAGUUAUACACAGAGAACCUGGAGUCUAUAGAGAAGGUACGACUUAAACAGAGACCUUGGUGUCUAUAGAGAAGGUCAGAGUUAUACACAGAGACCCUGGAGUCUAUAGAGAAGGUCAGAGUUACACAGAGACCCUGGAGUCUAUAGAGAAGGUCAGAGUUAUACACAGAGACACUGGAGUCUAUAGAGAAGGUCAGAGUUAUACACAGAGACCCUGGAGUCUAUAGAGAAGAUACGAGUUAAACAGAGACCUUGGUGUCUAUAGAGAAGGUCAGAGUUAUACACAGAUACCUUGGUGUCUAUAUAGAAGGUCAGAGUUAUACACAGAGACCAUGGAGUCUAUAGAGAAGGUCAGAGUUACACAGAGACCCUGGAGUCUAUAGAGAAGGUCAGAGUUACACAGCGACCCUGGAGUCUAUAGAGAAGGUCAGAGUUAUACACAGAGACACUGGAGUCUAUAGAGAAGGUCAGAGUUAUACACAGAGACCCUGGAGUCUAUAGAGAAGUUCAGAGUUACACAGAGACCCUGGAGUCUAUAGAGAAGGUCAGAGUUAUACACAGAGACCCUGGAGUCUAUAGAAAAGGUCAGAGUUAUACACAGAGACACUGGAGUCUAAAAAGAAGGUCAGAGUUAUACACAGAGACCCUGGAGUCUAUAGAAAAGGUCAGAGAUACACAGAGACCCUGGAGUCUAUAGAGAAGGUACGACUUAAACAGAGACCUUGGUGUCUAUAGAGAAGGUCAGAGUUACACAGAGACCUUGAUGUCUAUAGAGAAGGUCAGAGUUACACAGCGACCCUGGAGUCUAUAGAGAAGGUCAGAGUUAUACACAGAGACACUGGAGUCUAUAGAGAAAGUCAGAGUUAUACAUAGAGACCCUGGAUUCUAUAGAGAAGGUCAGAGUUACACAGCGACCCUGGAGUCUAUAGAGAAGGUCAGAGUUACACAGAGACCCUGGAGUCUAUAGAGAAGGUCAGAGUUACACAGAGACCCUGGAUUCUAUAGAGAAGGUCAGAGUUACACAGAGACCUUGGAGUCUAUAGAGAAGGUCAUAGUUACACAGAGACCUUGGAGUCUAUAGAGAAGGUCAGAGUUAUACAUAGAGACCCUGGAGUCUAUAGAGAAGGUCAGAGUUACACAGAGACCCUGGAGUCUAUAGAGAAGGUCAGAGUUACACAGAGACCCUGGAGUCUAUAGAGAAGGUCAGAGUUAUACACAGAGACACUGGAGUCUAUAGAGAAGGUCAGAGUUACACAGAGACCCUGGAGUCUAUAGAGAAGGUCAGAGUUAUACACAGAGACACUGGAGUCUAUAGAGAAGGUCAGAGUUAUACACAGAGAACCUGGAGUCUAUAGAGAAGGUCAGAGUUACACAGAGACCCUGGAGUCUAUAGAUAAGGUCAGAGUUAUACACAGAGAACCUGGUCUAUAGAGAAGGUCAGUUACACAGAUACCCUGGAGUCUAUAGAGAAGGUCAGAGUUAUACACAGAGACACUGGAGUCUAUAGAGAAAGUCAGAGUUAUACAUAGAGACCCUGGAUUCUAUAGAGAAGGUCAGAGUUACACAGAGACCCUGGAGUCUAUAGAGAAGGUCAGAGUUACACAGAGACCCUGGAGUCUAUAGAGAAGGUCAGAGUUACACAGAGACCCUGGAUUCUAUAGAGAAGGUCAGAGUUACACAGAGACCUUGGAGUCUAUAGAGAAGGUCAUAGUUACACAGAGACCUUGGAGUCUAUAGAGAAGGUCAGAGUUAUACAUAGAGACCCUGGAGUCUAUAGAGAAGGUCAGAGUUACACAGAGACCCUGGAGUCUAUAGAGAAGGUCAGAGUUACACAGAGACCCUGGAGUCUAUAGAGAAGGUCAGAGUUAUACACAGAGACACUGGAGUCUAUAGAGAAGGUCAGAGUUACACAGAGACCCUGGAGUCUAUAGAGAAGGUCAGAGUUAUACACAGAGACACUGGAGUCUAUAGAGAAGGUCAGAGUUAUACACAGAGAACCUGGAGUCUAUAGAGAAGGUCAGAGUUACACAGAGACCCUGGAGUCUAUAGAUAAGGUCAGAGUUAUACACAGAGAACCUGGUCUAUAGAGAAGGUCAGUUACACAGAUACCCUGGAGUCUAUAGAGAAGGUCAGAGUUAUACACAGAGACGCUACUGAGCUUACCUAGAGAUGCCAUGCAGACUGCAGUAUUUGUGGUUUGCAGUCACCUAUAUAAGACUGAUACAAUCUGAGAUGAAGUGAUAAAGUAAUGUUCUAACUGUGUUCUAACUUUUUUUUUUUUCCCCCGCAGUACUUCCUGAAUCCACUGAAGAAAUUUGUCUCUGCGGCAGAAAUCGACAAGGUCUUCGUCAACAUUCCAGUAAGAAACAGCCAAACUCUUAUACUCUCAUCCAAUGCGUCUUUUACGGGAAGUAGACUUGAGUUAGAGACUAGUUCUGAACGUGUUGUAAUGUACAACAUCUGAUCUCGCUCUGUGUUCGUAGGACCUGGUGAAAGUCCAUAAGAAUCUGAUGCUGGAGGUGCAAGACUCCAUUGUCAACAAGAACGCCUUAAACCUCUACCAGAUCUUCAUCGCCUACAAGGACAGGUAGGCCUUUGUCAUUUAACAAGUUCUCUAAUAGUGUUUACAUACACAGAAAUAAAAAAAUACAUAGCCUACUGCAAUAUAUAUAUAUAUAUAUAUAUAUAUAUAUAUAUAUAUAUAUAUAUAUAUUGCAGUAGGCUAUGUAUAUAUAUAUAAUAUGCCAUUUAGCAGACACUUUUUAUCCAAAUAUCUAAAAUACAAGUUAGUCAGAAGAAUCUAGAUCAGAAUCUAGACUGGCUGCUACUGAAAUUCACAGUUUGGUGUCAUAUACUUUCCUUCUUCAUUGCAGGUUACUCAUUUAUGGAAUCUACUGCAGCAACGUUGAGAUAUCCAUCGCGGUGUUGGACUUCAUCUGUAAGGAGAAAGAGGACGUUCGACUAAAGCUAGAGGUGAGACCCAGCUGUUCCGAUACAGUCGAUGGGGAAGACAACGCGCCGGUGAAUUAGAAUACUCUGUUGAUAAUGAUUGAAUAGGAUCUCUGUGGUGAAUAAUCGGAGUACUAGCCUCAGCAUGACCAAACAGUGAAGUGAUGUUGUCUAGGAACCUCUUUUGUCCUGUUAAUUUUACAUUUACAUUUUUGUCAUUUAGCAGACGCUCUUAUCCAGAGCGACUUACAGGAGCGACUUAUCCAGAGCGACUUACAUUAUUUAAGUUAAUGUAAUACUUAAAUAUCCUCAUUCAUUUUUGAUGAAAUGUGUUGUUGUUUUUUGGUCCCAGGAAUGUUCUAAAAGAGCCAACAAUGGGAAGUUCACUCUGAGAGAUCUACUGGUGGUUCCCAUGCAGAGAGUCCUGAAGUACCAUCUCCUACUACAGGUAUGUUAACCACGGAUAUUGUACAGUAGAUACUACAGGUAUGUUAACCACGGAUAUUGUACAGUAGAUACUACAGGUAUGUUAACCACGGAUAUUGUACAGUAGAUACUACAGGUAUGUUAACCACGGAUAUUGUACAGUAGAUACUACAGGUAUGUUAACCACGGAUAUUGUACAGUAGAUACUACAGGUAUGUUAACCACGGAUAUUGUACAGUAGAUACUACAGGUAUGUUAACCACGGAUAUUGUACAGUAGAUACUACAGGUAUGUUAACCACGGAUAUUGUACAGUAGAUACUACAGGUAUGUUAACCACGGAUAUUGUACAGUAGAUACUACAGGUAUGUUAACCACGGAUAUUGUACAGUAGAUACUCUCACAACCUGGCUGUGACGAGGCUGUGUUACACAUGUCCACUGGGGGGCGACAGCCUCCACGUCUUUUCUCUUUCUCUCCACCUUCAUACUUCCCCCUCUCUAAGGAGGAGGAGAGAGGAGAAGAGGGAGGAGAGGAGGGAGGAUAUUUGUUUAUUUGGAUCCCCGUUAUUUGUUGUUGUUGUUGUUGUUGUUGUUUAGAGAGGGAGAGGGGUUGCUUUCAGCAGUCUCUUUUAGAAAGGCGGAGAACUAAAGCUCAGAUUUCAAAGGAACUGGACCUUUGAGUCUUGGCAGGGCAGGACUAACUCCAGUGUGCUGAACUGCAUGUUAAGUGUAUUUAGCAGGCAGACACAGUGAUAUCCAAGCCGGAACAGUGGGAUGAGUUCAAGUUCAAGUUCAUCAAGUUCACACAGUGAUAUCCAAGCAGACACAGUGAUAUCCAAGCAGACACUGUGAUAUCCAAGCAGACACAGUGAUAUCCAAGCAGACACAGUGAUAUCCAAGCAGACACAGUGAUAUCCAAGCAGACACAGUGAUAUCCAAGCAGACACAAUGAUAUCCAAGCAGACACAGUUGGAUAAGUUCAAGUUCAGCUUCAUCAAGUUUACACAGUGAUAUCCAAGCAGACACAGUGAUAUCCAAGCAGACACAGUGAUAUCCAAGCAGACACAGUGAUAUCCAAGCAGACACAGUGAAAUCCAAGCAUACACAGUGAAAUCCAAGCAGACACAGUGAUAUCCAAGCAGACACAGUGAUAUCCAAGCAGACACAGUGAUAUCCAAGCAGACACAGUGAUAUCCAAGCAGACACAGUGAUAUCCAAGCAGACACAGUGAUAUCCAAGCAGACACAGUGAUAUCCAAGCAGACACAGUGAUAUCCAAGCAGACACAGUGAUAUCCAAGCAGACACAGUGAUAUCCAAGUCUGACAUUUUAUGUCUUGACACUGAGGGCCACAAAUCAGUCCAUUGCAGAUAAAGUAAAACUGUGGAUUCACUCCGAAUGUUUCCUCUUUUUGAUGGCUUGGUUCUCUUUACUGUAAAAUUACCGGGUGACAGCUUGGUUUCAUUUUCAUGCUGUUAUAACAUCAAUAUUAUUUUGUUGCGUAGUCCCCUGUAGGCAAACGUCACAGCAAAAGGACUGUCCUGUAGUUAAAAUCCAGGCUAACUGUGUGUUAAUCUAAACCUAAUCUUAAUCUAAACAAUCUGAAGCUCAGCCUGUGUGUGAUUUUAUCACUCAUGAUUUCCCUGUUGUCUCUGUCCGUUAGGAGCUGGUCAAACACACUCCCGACGCAGCCGACAAGAACAACCUGAAGAUGGCUCUGGAUGCCAUGAAGGUAAUCAGCUAGAGACUCUCUCUCUCUUUUUCUCUCACUAAACAGCAAUCAGAGAAUAGACACUAAACAUUGUACUGUUUGUUCGUUGACCAGGACCUGGCACAGUAUGUCAAUGAGGUGAAGAGAGACAAAGAGACUCUGAGGGAGAUCGACCAGUAUCAACGGUCCAUCGAGAACCUGGUAACACAAAUCAUCAUGAUUAGACACAUCAAUUUGUUUCCAUUGUUGUCCAAAGUGCAAUGCGCUCCCAGAAACAUUAACACAGUAGUCCUCCUAACCCACACUGAACAUGAUCUCACUGAUAUCAUAUUAAUACCAAUACCCACCUUACCCCCCUACCAUGACCUCUCCUUACCCCCCUACCAUUACCUCCCCUUACCCCCUCCCAUUACCUCCCCUUACCCCCCUACCAUUACCUCCCAUUACCUCCCCUUACCCCCUCCCAUUACCUCCCCUUACCCCCCUACCAUGACCUCUCCUUACCCCCCAUACCCAUACCUCCCAUUACCUCCCUUACCCCCCUCCCAUAUACUCUCCCCUACCUACCCACCCCCCCUACCAUUACCUCCUUACCUCCCCUUACCCCCUCCAUUACCCUUCCCCUUACCCCCCCUACCAUGACCUCCCCCUUACCCCCUCCCAUUACCAUCCCCUUACCCCCCUCCCAUUACCUCCCCUUACCCCCCUACCAUCACCCUCCCUCCCUUACCCCCCUUAACCCCUUACCCCCCUUACCCCCUCUACCAUUACCUCCCCUUACCCCCCUCCAUUACCUCCCCUUACCCCCACCAUUACCGUCCCCUUACCCCCCUAUCCUCCUCCCAUUACCUCCCCUUACCCCCUACCAUUACCAUCCCCUUACCCCCUCCCAUACCUCCCUUACCCCUCCCAUUACCUCCCCUUACACCCCCCUACCAUUACAUCCCCUUACCCCCUUAUCCCCCUCCCAUUACUCCCUACCUCCCCUUAUCCCCCCUCCCAUUACCUCCCCUUACCCCCUCCCAUUACCUCCUCCCUUAUCCCCCUCCCAUUACCGUCCCCUUACCCCACUCCCCCACUUACCUCCCCUUACCCCCCCUAACCAUUACCUCCCCUUACCCCCCCCUACCAUUACCCCCUCCCCUUCCACCUCCCUUACCCCCUUCCCCUCCCAUUACCCCCCUACCCACCUACCCUUACCCUCCCUUCCGCCCCUUACCCCCCUUACCCCCAUCCCCCCUUACCCCCCCCCCUUACCCCCUACCCCUCCCCUUACCUCCCCUUCACCCUCCAUUACCUCCCCUUACCCCCCUCCUCCUUACCCCCCUUACCCCCUUACUCCCCCUCCCAUUACCUCCCCUUACCCCCCUUAUCCCCCUCCCCAUUACCCUCCCCUCCCCCCUAUAUCCCCCCUCCCAUUACCUCCCCUCCCUGAAGAACCAGCCCCUGGUGAACUAUGGACGGCCCAAGGGGGACGGAGAGGUCCGCAUGGUGUCUAACGUUGACAAGAGGAAACAAGACAGGUGAGAUGGGAUAAGAAUGGCAGACUGACUACAGGCUGGUUUCCCAGACCCACUGACUACAGGCUGGUUUCCCAGACCCACUGACUACAGGCUGGUUUCCCCCCACUGACUCACAGCUGUUCCCCCAACCCCUUUGACUACAGGCUGGUUCCUCCCAACCCACUGCCCUACGGCUGGUUUCCCAGACCCACUGACACAGGCCUGGUUUCCCAGAUCCCCCUGACUACAGGCUCGGUUUCCCAGACCACUGACUACAGGCUGGUUUCCCAGACCCACUGACUACAGGCUGGUUUUCCCAGACCCACUGACUACAGGCUGGUUUCCCAGACCCACUGACUACAGGCUGGUUUCCCAGACCCACUGACUAACAGGCUGGUUUCCCAGACCCACUGACUACAGGCUGGUUUCCCAACCCACUGACUACAGGCUGGGUUUCCCAGACCCACUGACUACAGGCUGGUUUCCCAGAUCCCCUGACUACAGGCUGGUUUCCCAGACCCACUGACCUACAGGCUGGUUUCCCAGACCCACUGACUACAGGCUGGUUUCCCAGACCCACUGACUACAGGCUGGUUUCCCAGACCCACUGACUACAGGCUGGUUUCCCAGACCCACUGACUACAGGCUGGUUUCCCAGACCCACUGACUACAGGCUGGUUUCCCAGAUCCACUGACUACAGGCUGGUUUCCCAGACCCACUGACUACAAGGCUGGUUUCCCAGACCCCUGACUACAGGCUGGUUUCCCCAGACCACUGACUCACUGACUACAGGCUGGUUCCUCCCAUGGGACCCACUGAUAAGGCUGGUUUCCCAGACCCACUGACUACAGGCUGGUUUCCCAGAACCACUGACUACAGGCUGGUUUCCCAGACCCACUGACUACAGGCUGGUUUCCCAGACCCAGUGAAACAAAUGGCCAACCCUGGUUGGUGCUAUUGCAGCCGAUAGAUUGUUAAUUGUUAACAGGAGAAGGACUAGCAUGUGUGGCUUUCUCUGUCUUCAUUAUAUGGACAGCAUGUCAAACAAAGUAGGAACUUAUUUCUGUGUAAUAUGGACAGAAUACACACUGUAAAUGAACUUGUAUGAACUUGUUUUGGGCGCAGACAUAUCUUCCUGUUUGACGUGGCUGUGAUCGUCUGCAAGAGACGAGGAGACAACUAUGAGAUGAAGGAUGUGAUCGACCUCAACUACUUUAAGAUCACCAACAACCCCACCCAGGAUGGAGAGAGCAAGAAGGUCAGUCCACUACCACCAGGGCCAGUCAGCCAGGGCCAGUCAGCCAGGGCCAGUCAGCCAGGGCCAGUCCAGCCAGGGCCAGUCAGCCAAGGCCAGUCAGUAAGGGCCAGUCCGCCAGGGCCAGUCAGUAAGGGCCAGUCCGCCAGGGCCAGUCCGCCAGGGCCAGUCAGCCAGGGCCAGUCAGCCAGGGCCAGUCAGCCAGGGCCAGUCAGCCAGGGCCAGUCAGCCAAGGCCAGUCCGCCAGGGCCAGUCAGCCAGGGCCAGUCAGUAAGGGCCAGUCAGCCAGGGCCAGUCAGCCAGGGCCAGUCAGCCAAGGCCAGUCCGCCAAGGCCAGUCCGCCAAGGCCAGUCAGCCAGGGCCAGUCAGCCAAGGCCAGUAAGCCAGGGCCAGUCAGCCAGGGCCAGUCAGCCAGGGCCAGUCAGCCAGGGCCAGUCAGCCAAGGCCAAGUAA